UUAUAUAUAAAGUAUAAAAUGGUGAACGAAAUAUGCAUAUCUAGUAUUGGGGUUACUUCUAACGGCGAUAAUAUCGAUACGAACAGAAGAAGAAAAGAUAAAAAAGCCGAGGAUGAUGUCUUAUACGGAGUUAACGAAAACCCACCCAUUGGGUUGACCUUUCUUAUGGGAAUUCAGCACUUUCUUCUCUCCAUAGAUGGUGCCGUUGGUAUUCCGUUGAUGUUAUUUGGAGUUUUGUGUUUUGAUGACAGUCCACAAACCGAAAUAUCAAAAACAAAAAUUAUAGGAGCAUUCUUUUUCUUGGCGGGAGUCGUGUCGUUUGUCCAGACGACAUUUGGCGUAAGAUUGCCCAUAGGUCAGAUUGUCUCGUUAUCUCAUUUUGUUUCUCUCACUGCGUUAAUGAGAGGUGAGAAAUGGAAAUGUCCUUUGCGUAUUAAAAACCUUACUGAUGUCAAUUUUACUUGGUCUUCGAACGUCUCUUACCUGUAUCAAGAUAAUGACGGUAGAUUUCUUGGAAGCGAUGAAGUUUGGCAGACAAGAAUAAGAGAGGCACAAGGAGCGAUUAUCAUUGUCGCCAUUGCUCAAAUUUGUAUCGGGGCUUCGGGAGCGAUUGGAAUUGCCAUUCGAUUUAUUGGACCAUUGACCAUUGGAUCGUGCCUUUUUCUUGUGUCGUUUUCUCUAGCUGAUGUGGCUGUCAAAUUCUGUAGCAUUUAUUGGGGAAUUCCAAUGUGCUAUAUAUUGAUCGUUAUCGUAUUCCAAUACUUGUCCAAAGUAAAUGUGCCGUUGCCUAUCUGCAGCACGAGAAAGAAGAAAUUUUCAUCAACAAAGAAACCUUUGUUUGCGAUGUUUCCGUUUCUGAUUGCUCUACUUUCCGGAUGGCUUUUGAGUUACAUUCUGACAAUAACCAAUGUGUUACCGCAAGAUAAAUCAAUGAAAGCCUUCAGAGCGAGAACAGAUAUAUCCCCCAAUGUUAUUUCUAACAGCCCAUGGUUCUCUUUCCCCUACCCUUUUCAGUGGGGAUGGCCGACUUUCAGCAUUUCAACUGUUCUGAUUUUCAUAGCCGCUCUUCUUGUUGGGAUUGUCGACUCCUUGUGCGAUUAUUAUGCCAGUGCAAAAAUCGUCAAGAGUCCGGUUAUUCCAAAACAUGCCAUCAGCAGGGGUAUCAUGGUUGAAGGGUUUGGAAUUCUUGCACACGGACUAGUAGGAACUGGAAACGCUACAACCACAUCUGCUUCAAAUUUGAUUGGACUUGGAGUGACCAGAAUUCACAGUAGAAGGGCACUUCAAGCAAUGGGAAUCAUUUUUGUAGUAUUCGGACUGAUCACAAAGUUUUGCAGCGUUUUUGUUACUUUGCCGCUUCCUGUGGUCGGAGGUCAACUAUGUAUUUUGGCAGGAUUUUUAUUUAGUGUUGGUGCGGGUACUGCUGCUUAUGCUGAUUUAUCGAAUACAAGAAACAUGUUCGUUCUUGGGUUCAGUGUAUUUAUGGGUAUUGCUUUUGAAAUGUAUCUGAAGCAAAAUCCACAAGGCAUCGACGUUGGAAUUACUGAACUGAACGAAAUAUUUCGUGCAAUACUAGGAACUGGAAUGCUCGUUUCUUCUAUCGUCGCCUGUUUUUUGGAUAACACAAUGCCUGGAUCAAAAGAGAGUCGUGGACUCCUGAGAUGGCAACACGGUGAUGUGACAGAAAACGGAAAAGAAGGAGACGAAUCUAUAUAUGAUCUUCCGUUUAAAACUGACUGUGGUUGGACAAGAUUCAUUCCAUUUUGUCCCAACUUUGGUAAAAAACGAUCAGAAAAAGAGGAUGAAGACAAUUCCAAAAUUUAAACCGAUUAAGAGAAAUACCGGAGAUAGAGUUCUGCUAAAUUGCAUUCUCACCAAAUUGCGACAAGUUUUUCAGACACGAUACGAACAGUAAAAUAGUUAUAAUGUUUGGAUUCCCAACUGUAGAUAAUUAAUUAAUCAUGUAACAUUUUUUGAUCGGAUUGGAAGCCAUGGCGCGCAAUUGCACUUGACAAUUUUCAUGCAUUUUGUUUCAAUGCGAUAGGAUGUUGGAGGACGAUGCGCUGGUGUACUUGUAUUGAUGCACAAAAGUUCUUUUACAAUUCGUCGCGCGCGAAAGAUAUAGAGUUGAUAAAAUGGAAAACGCUUCCUAUACAAUUACCUUUGUGUAUUAUAAGCAGUACGGAGUAUUGUAUUGUACAGAAAACUUGCCCUCGCUGGAAAUGAUAACCUUCACAAAGUUUUAAUCAAUGGUUUUCAAUCGGGGUUAGUACAGUGCAGUGAGGGAUUCUUGAAGAUUUCUUUCGAGUGAGAGUCUAUUAAUAUAUAUGUGUAUAUUGCCUAAAUGAAAUAAAAUCCCUAUUAGGUUUGUCACUAUAAUCAAACUUUCUACGCUUCAAAGGUCCUUUUGUUUAGUCAUUACGAAUAUAUUAUAUAGUUUAUAUAAUUCAGACAACAAAAUACAAUCAAACUAUAGCAAGAGGGCUCGUCGAGCUCCUG